AACCAAUUGUUUGUGCUAGCUCUCACUCAAAUGGCCACCACAACAAUAAUAUUGCCAAUAUUGUCAUUUCUCUUCUUCUAUCUGUUCAGUAUCUGCAGCUGCUUCCAUGCCACUAAUGGAGAUGAUAAUGGCGGUUGGCAAAUUGCCCAUGCUACAUUCUAUGGUGGUGCUGAUGCUACAGGCACAAUGGGGGGAGCAUGUGGUUAUGGAAACUUGUACAGCCAAGGGUAUGGAACCAGCACAGCAGCUUUGAGCACUGCACUUUUCAACAAUGGCUUGAGUUGCGGUGCCUGCUACGAGCUGCGGUGCAAUGAUGAUCCUAAAUGGUGCAUUACUCGAACCAUAACUGUGACAGCCACCAACUUUUGUCCUCCUAAUUACGCGUUGUCUAGUGAUAAUGGUGGGUGGUGCAAUCCCCCUCGAGAACACUUCGAUUUGGCGGAACCCGCUUUCUUGCAGAUUGCAGAAUAUCGAGCCGGAAUUGUUCCUGUUCUUUUCAGAAGGGUUUCUUGUGUGAAGAAAGGAGGCAUCAGAUUCACCAUCAAUGGUCAUUCUUACUUCAACUUGGUGUUGAUAACAAAUGUAGGAGGCGCAGGGGACAUAACUUCGGUGUCAAUCAAGGGUUCCAAAACAAGGUGGCUACCAAUGUCAAGAAAUUGGGGCCAAAACUGGCAGAGCAAUGCCUACCUUAAUGGCCAAAGCCUCUCCUUCAAAAUGAUUGCCAGCGAUGGCAGGAGUAUCACCAACUACAAUGUAGUGCCUGCUGGUUGGCAGUUCGGACAAACUUUUGAAGGAGAUCAAUUCUAGACAAAUUACUUCCAAUAUAAACAAGAUUUGGCAAAUUAUUAUAUAUAUAAUAUAUAUCAGGCACAUGAGCGUAUUAUGCAG